GUUCUCACAGUAGUGAUUCUGCAGAACCAUAGGUGUUCAAAGUCCAAAAUCUUGGAUUCGGUGGUUCGGAUCGCAUGACGGUUCUGCACAACCAAAGAUGGAUGUUUUUGACCCCGUCUGACUGUUGGUUCUGCUCAUGUACCAUCAGCUGAGCAGGUUCUACAGAGUUCAUCAAGUUCUCCUGGAGGAAUCCUGUUGAAACCAGAACUGAACCGAAAGACCUAGAACGUUCCUUCUGGACGGAUCUGUCAAGUUCCGGUGUUGUGUUUACUGCACGUGCAACUGCAGUCCUGAUCCCCCCGCUUCCGAUCCGGCCCAGGUUUCCCUGGUCUGAUGACAGCAGCCGCAUAACAGGAGCAGCCCCCCCAACAGAUCCCUCCGCGGGGUCACACACACUUUUUACACAACACAAACAAACCAGGCGGUUACAAUAGAGAGUUGGGCCACACGGGCACUGUGCUGGGCCACAGUCUGGUGGAAGGCUGCCCUCAUCCCGGCGCUGGUUCCAGGACGGAGCGGCCACCUGGUGGAGCUGUAGGACAGGUUUUCUGGGAUCUACUUCUCCUGCUGGGGCUGACAGGCGGUGCUUCGGUCGCUCCCAAACAUGGCCUCCAUGACGGUGCGACCACUCCAAGUUUGAUUUCUCACUGAUUAUCUGCGUCCAAACUGCGUGUGUUUCCUUCUACAGCUCACGGGAAUGUUUCCACGGAGCAGCUCUGUACGGCAGACACCAGAAGCAGAUGUUUUCUGUCGCAGAAGUUCGGUGCUGAUCACGUCGCUCUAAGUUGACUGAAAACUGGAGAGGAAAAGGAGAACCGCGUCAAAUCAAAUGCCCUCUGAGGCUCAGGAGCCUCGAGACAGAGGGCCCCCCCACCCCCUCACGCGGGCUGGACGCAGCGCUCAGCUGGCCAAAGCUGCAGCCACUAGCCCCGCCCCUGAGAAGCGACCCCGCGGGCGGCCUCGGAAGGAUGGGAACCACGGCCGCCCAGCGCCUCCUGCUCCUCCUUCACCCAAAUCUAAGAAGGGGCGAAGCCGAGGAAGAGCCCAGGUAGAGGGUGAAGAAAGCACGGGGACUACAGAGAAGAGGCGACUCCAGAAAAAGACAGAGCCCAAGGAUCCCCCGGAGGCCAAGGGACCGCAGGAAGCCAUGGAGCCGCUGGAGCCCCCAGAGCCCAAGGGACCGCAGGAAGCCAAAGAGCCCCCAGAGGCUAAGGAGCCCAAUCAGCUGCUGGAGCCCAAGGAGUCACUGAAACCCCCAGAGCCCAAGGGACUGCGGAAAACCAAGGACCUGGUGGAGCCUCCAGAGCCCAAGGAUCCCCCAGAGCCCAAGGAGCCACCAGAGGCCAAGGGACCUCCAGAACCCAAGGAGCCUAAGGGACCCAAGAAGCUUGUGGGGUCCCGGAGGUUCAUCUCUAGGCAGAAGUCCCACAAUAACCCUGAACCAGACCUUGAAAUGAGCCAGGUUGGGCCCAGUCCUAGUCCUGAGCCAGCUCCUGAGCCCAGAGUCCCAAAGUGCAGCUCAAAACCAGCCCCUGUUUCUGAGGAGGAAGACAGUACCAGAACCGGUCCCUUUACUGUUGACCUGUUAUCUCAGGUCCCUGUGGAGGAUCCUCAGGUUGGCGCUCCAGAACCAGGGGAACCCACCCACAGCCCUACCCCUAUUGAGACCAGCUGUCCUAGUAGGGUUUCCAUGGACACCAAGCAAGGCUGUAUUGUCGGUCCGGUGCAGCAGAAUCAAGAGCUGAGUCCCCACUCCAGUCCUCCAGUGUCCCUUUGCCUGGAGGACGAGGACGAGGGCUCCCUUUCCCCCCUGUUCCAGCACUCCCCAUCAGAGGAAUCAGGGGGCUCACCUGCCCCAACCCUGGGACACGCCAAGAAACGGCUGAAGCAAUGUGCCUUCUGUUACCGCGGCGACCAGCCUCCUCUGGGCCAGGGCCGCCUUGUGGUGUUCGGUCCGACCCCAGGCUACAUCCCGCUCCACAUCCUGAACCGCCGCACCUCCUCCGAUCGUGUCGAUGACUGCCAUGACCACUGCUACCAUGGAGACAGGGCCCCGCCCACGUGCAGCAGCCCAGCACAGUGUGAUGAAUCUUCUUCAGAGUUCAUGCGACAACUCGGCCCCAUCGGCCUUCCACACGACAUCAACGUCCAAUCACUGUUCGACCCCACAGGUCAGUGCUGUGCUCACCUGCAGUGUGCCGCCUGGUCAGAAGGUGUGCGGCAUGGCGAUGGCCAGUCUUUGCUCUUUGUGGACAAAGCCAUUGACUCAGGAAGCAGCCAGGUAUGUGGGUUCUGCCAAUGCCUGGGUGCUUCGCUGCGUUGCCAGGAGACGGGAUGUGGGCGGAGCUACCACUUCCCCUGUGCUGCUGCUGCUGGCGCUCAUCAGGACUGGACCCGAAGGCUCACACUGUGCCCUACGCACGCCGGCCCAGGCUCCUCAAGAUGUUUGUCGUGUUUGGGCGGAACCGAACCCGGCAACUUGUUGAUGUGCUGUUGCUGCGGUAGCUGUUACCAUGGCAACUGCCUGGAGCCAGCUCUCACCCUGUCCCCUCUGGUCCGGUCUGGGUGGCAGUGUCCCGCCUGCAGGGUGUGUCGCAGCUGCAGGUUACGGGGUGACGAAGGCCUUCUGCUGGUGUGUCAGCGCUGUGAUAAGGCCUACCACACACACUGCCUCUCUCCUCCGCUGGACGGCACACCCAACAGCGCUUGGACCUGCAAGAACUGCAGAGUCUGUCGCCGAUGUGGUGUGACAUCAUCGGGUCAGUGGGCCAAUCAUCAGUUUCUGUGCGAGUCAUGUGACCCUGCCCUGCCCUGUCCUCUCUGUUACCGUGCUGUUGACUUUGCCUCGCUGCAGGACAGUCUGGCCUGCAGCAGCUGCUACAGGUCUGUUCAUGCUGAGUGUUCGGGCCAAGCUGGGGAGUGCACAGCAGAGUCUGACCUCUACCUCUGCUCCUCCUGCAGCCCUUUUGAACAGCAGCUAGCCCCUCCCUCUGACACCUCUCUGGCGCUUAGUCCACCUGCUGCUCCUGAUACAGGCCAGCUUUUCUGCCUGGAGCUGCCAACUAGUCCUCUGCAGAGUCCGAACUUAGAGCUCCAACCUAGUCCCACACCCUCUUCUGGAGACCAUCCAAUAAGUUCUGUAGCAAGUGAAAGCAUUCUUGGAACGUCUCAGAAAGACCUCCAACUCACUCCUCCACGGUCUCCAUCCUAUCGGAAGACCGGUGUUGCAGCAUCACUAGAGGUCCUCGAAAGAAGUCCAUCUCCACCUACCGGAUAUCAGAGGCACACAUCGUCACCAGAGCAGACUGACCUGCCGUCGUCACUUAAUCUCGCAAAAUACGAACCACCUGUUAUAUCACCAUCCACCUUCUGUCAGAGCCUGGAGCAUGCUGCAGCCGAGCCCCAGCAGAGUCCUGCGUCUCCUCCAGCUGUGCCCCAGCGGAGUCCUGCGUCCCCUCCAGCCCAGCCCGACCGGGGUCCUGCGUCCCCUCCAGCCGAGCCCCAGCGGAGUCCUGCGUCCCCUCCAGCCGAGCCCCAGCGGAGUCCUGCGUCCCCUCCUGCCGGGCCCCAGAGGAGUCCUGCGUCCCCUCCUGCCGAGCCCCAGCGGAGUCCUGCGUCCCCUCCUGCCGGGCCCCAGCGGAGUCCUGCGUCCCCUCCAGCCGAGCCCCAGCGGAGUCCUGCGUCCCCUCCAGCCCAGCCCGACCGGGGUCCUGCGUCCCCUCCAGCCGAGCCCCAGCGGAGUCCUGCGUCCCCUCCAGCCGAGCCCCGGCGGAGUCCUGCGUCCCCUCCAGCCCAGCCCGAUUGGGGUCCUGCGUCCCCUCCAGCCCAGCCCCAGCCGGGUCCUGCGUCCCCUCCAGCCGAGCCCCAGCGGAGUCCUGCGUCCCCUCCAGCCGAGCCCGACCGGGGUCCUGCGACCCCUCCAGCCCAGCCCGAUUGGGGUCCUGCGUCCCCUCCAGCCCAGCCCGAUUGGGGUCCUGCGUCCCCUCCAGCCCAGCCCGAUUGGGGUCCUGCGUCCCCUCCAGCCCAGCCCCAGCGGGGUCCUGCGUCCCCUCCAGCCGAGCCCCAGCGGAGUCCUGCGUCCCCUCCAGCCCAGCCCGAUUGGGGUCCUGCGUCCUCUCCAGCCGAGCCCCAGCGGAGUCCUGCGUCCCCUCCAGCCGAGCCCCGGCGGAGUCCUGCGUCCCCUCCAGCCGAGCCCCGGCGGAGUCCUGCGUCCGCUCCAGCCGAGCCCCAGCGGAGUCCUGCGUCCCCUCCAGCCGAGCCCCAGCGGAGUCCUGCGUCCCCUCCAGCCCAGCCCCAGCGGAGUCCUGCGUCCCCUCCAGCCCAGCCCCAGCGGAGUCCUGCGUCCCCUCCAACCCAGCCCGACCGGGGUACUGCAACCGAGACCUAUAAGGUUUUUGUUGAGACUCUGAGUACUGCUUCACCUUCUUCCGAGACCCAUCAGAGUCCAUCAACACCUCCAGAGGAGACGCAUAAGAUUCCUACUAUGCCUACAAGCGAGACCCAUCAGAUUCCUGCAAGAAAUCCAGCUGAGACUCAGGAGAUUCUUGUUGAGACUCAGAGUCCUGCAUCACCUUCCUCCGAGACCCAUGAGAGUCCAUCAACAGCUCCAGCCACGACCCAUGAGAGUGUUUUAAGAACUCUUGCCGAGACUCAUCAGAGUCCAUCAUCAACACCCUCAACCAAGACCCAUCAGGAUUCUGUUUCACCUCCAGUGGUACAUCAAAGUUCUGAGGGGACCUAUCAGAGUUCUGCAGCCCUUCCAGCAGGGAUCAGUCAACUCUUACCAGAAGAGGCUGAAGUCUCUGGUGAAUUUUCUCUAAAGACAGCACAAAAUCCUUCCUCCACUACAGAGGAGCCCCUUAAGAAUCAUGUAAUAGAGAACUCAAACAUUGUCCUAAACCAUCUUCCAUUCACCCUGUGUCAGAGCCCUUCAGCACCUCAAGAGGAGGCCCAUCGGAGUGUUGCAAUACCAGCAGAUGAUUUUCCUCAGACCUCUACUAAACAUCCUGCAUCAAUUCUAGAGGACAGCCAUCCAAAUCUUGGACCACCUCCAGAGCACAGCCACCAAAGUCCCUUAUGCCUUGUACAAGAUCCCGAUAGAAACGAUGCAUCAUCUCUAGCGGAGACCCAUAAGAGUCUUCUACCAUCUCUAAAAAAGACUCAACCCCAUAGAAACCUUGUUCCAUCAGCAGAUGAGAAGGUUGCUGGUCAGGUCCAGGGACCAUCUUUAAAAGAGAUCCGCUCACCCUCUCCACAGACAACCCAUCAAAGUUUGCUGCUCUCUUCUGAUCAGCUGAUUCCUCCAAUGUCUCCCCUAAAGUCUCAGCAACCAUCUGUGGAGUCUCCUGGUGAGAAAUAUGAAACUCCUGCUCCAUCUCCAGAAAGCACCUAUCAAUCUGGUCCACCCCCUAGCCACAUGUGUGUAAGUCCAGAACCAUUACUAAAAAGUUCUGCUCGGUCUCAUGGGGAGACUUGCCAGUUUCAAGAACCUCCUCUGAAGAACUCGGAUGAAGGUUUGGUUCCAUAUCCAGAGGCCGAUCUCCAAAGUCUUGUUACAUCUCCUAAAAAUCUCAAACAAGAUCAUCCACCAUCUCUUGAAAGGACAGAAGACUGUCCUGAAUUAAACCUCGUAAACUUCUCAGAAGUAACAGCUUUGUUGCCUAAAGAGAUCCAUCCAAGUUCUGCUGAACUACCACAUUGCCAAGAAAGUAGUGAUAGAGAUCACCAGGACAGCUUCAGGCUUGCACAUUGUAUGUCAAGCUCAACAUUACCUCACCCUGCUUCCAUUGACCAGCAGUCACCUUCCUCAUCACCACACUGUCAGUCAGAAAACCAGGAACGUGCCCUGUCACACCAACUUGAACCUGAAAGGCUUCCUCAAUCUCAGGCCAGUCCAACAGGAUUUGAGUUUGGUCCAGUGUCCUCUCGUCCUAGUCCAACCAAAAGGUCCCCUGUAAAGGUUCUUCAGAGUUCUUCUAAGCUCAGUUUGAACUCUCCUUCUUCUGAACCAGACUUCACAGAGGACCAGCUCGGUACUCGAUCUCUGCAGGCACAUCUGGGUAACAACCCUCAGCCACAGAGUCUGAGUACAUCAGGGCUGAGUCCUACCAGGCUUCAACAAGGAUACCACCUGGAACCUGAGACACUGCUACAGAGACCAUGCAGUCCAACAAGCAUCAUGAACUCCCUGCCCAACCACAAAUUGGAAGCUGGUAUAUCUUAUCCGCAAACUCCCACAACACUGGACCACACAACCACUGGCUCAGACCUUUCACAGAAUCUCUGUAAUCUGAACCCUAAAUCACCACAGAUAUUUGGCACAUCUACCAAGAUGGCACUUGGAUCCUAUUCAGCUCCUUGUAGCCCUCACCCUCUCCUGGGGAAAUCUAGACCCCACAGUUCUUCACAACCUGCAAGUCCAACUCAGCACCACUACAACAAGAUGGUCAGGCAAAGUAUUGACUCUGGUGGACUGAAACUGGAAGGUAUAGAGUUCACCCAUGACUCCUCCACAGUGCAAUCUGCUGAGAACUACCGGCCUCACAUACCUGCCCUUCAGAUGCCAGAAAGCCUUGAUAACAGUAGCACUUCUUUUGAACACAGUAGCCUAACUUACUCACCUUGUGUUAAGGACACAAAGGUAAACCAGAGUCCUUACAAAAGUCUGUCACCCUGCACAAGUGAUAGUUCCAAGCAAGCUGAGCCAGUGCCUACAAUGCCUACAAACCCUGCCUUCUGUCUCAAAGUCUUGCCAAUAGAGACUGACCCCACACCACAGUCAGCAAGUCUCAUACCAGCUAAGUCCUCAACACAACAAAAUGGUCCAGAGUCUCCAUCAUUAAUUGAAGCACAACUGGCUCAACCUGGUGACUCAAUUUCUGGUCAGGGUAAGGAUAUAGAGCUCCACCCAGAUAGACUGGUCCAUACUGAGGCCCUUAUUGACUUUGGUCCCACACAAGUCCACAGCUCUACCCAUACUCUGUCAGCUAAUAGUUCUGUUGCCAACAGUCUGACUAGUAUUCCCACAAGUGAUGUCUCUCCAAGGACUAGUCAUGCUGGUCAAACUAAUACUGUUUGUAUAGUACAAACACCCGUUAGCCCACUUCAGAGUCCAGCUCUGGAUGGGACAGUGCUCCACAGACCCAUGUCCAACCCUGGAACCAGUCCCAGCCUUCGUCAAACUCCCUACAGCCCGGGCUCUCUGUCAGAUUGGGUCCGGGAAGUUGAUCUUUCCAUCCAAAUAUCUACUGUUCCCCCUUACUCUGUUCUGGAUGUUGGUGCUGUCCAAACAGCAGAACCCAAUGAAGGGUCCCAGAGACCUAGUGACCCUGCUCGGUCUACUCAAAGCCUCGCCAGUCCUUCAGGCUCUGUCCACCCACAGGUUAGCCCUCCAUCUGUAGUAUUGACUUCAACGCUUCAGGCUCCAGUUAGCUUUGUCAGAACUUCACAAGAAUGUUCUGUCCUUGGGGCAGUGGGUUCAGAAAGUCCUCAUGCUUGCCCCAUACCAGGUCCUGUGCAGCUGAAGCCAAGUUCUGAUAGGAGUACCAUUGAUUCAUUGCCUCCAGAGUCUGGUUCUGAUUUUGGUCCUGGUCCUAAACAGCAACAGUUCAGUCUUGAUCCAUGUAACCAUGUUCAGUCAGUCGCUUGCUCUGAGAACCACCACAAUCUUGAUUGUGCUGGUUCUGGUGUGGACUUAAGCCUUAUCCCCGAACGGCCUAGUUCUGUACAUGGUCAUGGACCUGCUGGAGCAGAGCAGAGGAGUGCUGAGGAAGAGCAAGGAGAAGCAGCGAUGGAGAGUCCAGAAGAUGAGGUCAAUCCUGCUGAGAUGACUGAGGUACAAGGAGACGAUGAGGAGAGUAGCCCAACACUGGGUCCGGUCUGUCCUUCAGUCUCCCUGUCCUCCUGUCCUUGCUCUCAGGCCACAUCCCCUAGAGGAGACCAUCCUCCAUUGGCUGAGAGGAGGAAUGUGGAGGAAGAGUACAGCCAAUCACAGAGCCUGAAUAAACUUGUUGUCAUGGCAACAGAAUCAACCAAAGAUGGACACCAGUCCCAUUCCGAGCCUUCAGAGAAGCAGGAGAUAAGGUCAGUAGAGAGACACCAGCCAAUCAGAGAUGAGGAGGCGGGACCAGAUGAGGAGACCUUAGAUGGCCCAAUUCUGGAUCUGGACCAAUCCCUGGACAUGGAGGUGAUGGAGCUGAUGACCUCAGCCGCACCUCCCGCCUCCCGCAGAGGAAAGUGGCGGAGCCUAAGGCCCCUCCCCUCCUGGUCCCGCCCCUCAGAUGACCUGUCCAUCCGUCUACGGCAGUCUCCGUUUUCCACUGAAGCGUCCCCUGAGACCUCACCUGCCCGGACCCCGGUCACUCCUCCACCUCUGACUCCACCAACUCCUCCCUCCUCCAGAGAGACUCCGCCCCCUACCCAGGCUCCACCCACUGCCGUGUUCCUGCUGACCCCAAAGAUUGGCAUGGGAAAGCCUGCCAUCUCCAAGAGGAAGUUCUCCCCCGGCAGGGCGCGGUCCCGGCAGGUACCACAGGUCCGAUCCGAUCAGCAGCCUCGCUCAGAAGCUUGUGGAGCAUCAGAGCCUCUGGUUGGAGACCCAGAGCCUCGCCCUUCGGGCCGGAGCCUGCUCUCCAUUGGGCCGGAGCCUCCUCCCCGUCGGGCCGGAGCCUGCUCUCUAUUGGGCCGGAGCCUCCUCCCCGUCGGGCCUCUCGCCCGUCGGGCCGGAGCCUCUGAUCUGGGUUCGUGGUGCAGCAGUCGCAGGGCGCCGAGCCCUCCCUCAUCCUCCCAGGAUUCCACGGGGGAGGGAGGUUGGAGCCCUAAGCCCCGCCCACCAGACUCUUCUCUGUGGAGCAUGAAAGUGGGUCGGGGUUCAGGGUUUCCAGGCAGGAAGCGGUCCAGAGGUGGAGCUGCUGGUGGAGGAAGAGGAGGAAGAGGCAGGAGUCGGCUGAAGGCUCAGGACAGCCUCACUGUGCUCCCUGGGGGAAGCUAUAUGGAGACAUUUCAGGCAAAGGAGGAAGAGGAGAACUCCAUGCACAACACGGUGGUGAUGUUCUCCACCUCAGACCAUUUCACUCUCAAACAGGACAUGUGCGUGGUGUGUGGCAGCUUCGGUCGGGGCUCAGAGGGCCGCCUGCUGCCCUGCUCCCAGUGCGGCCAGUGUUACCAUCCCUACUGUGUCGGCGUCAAGAUUACCCGAGUGGUGCUCACCAAAGGCUGGCGCUGCCUGGAGUGCACAGUAUGUGAAGCGUGUGGCGACGCUUGCGACCCCGCCCGACUGCUGCUCUGUGACGACUGUGACAUCAGCUACCACACCUACUGCCUGGACCCGCCCCUCCUCACUGUGCCCAAGGGCUCCUGGAAGUGCAAGUGGUGUGUGUGGUGUGUGCUGUGUGGCUCCACCUCGCCGGGGCUGCGCUGUGAUUGGCUGAACAACUACAGCCUUUGCGGGCCGUGUGGCAGCCUCAGCCAGUGUCCCGUCUGCCAGCGGCGCUACGCACAGGACGAUCUGGUGAUGCAGUGCCAGCAGUGCGACAGGUGGGUCCACGGCGUCUGUCAGGGUUUGGCUUCAGAAGAAGAGGUGGCGCUCGCUGCCGAUGAAGGCUUUGACUGCUCUCUGUGCCGCACCUCCUCAGGGAGGGUGGAGCCUCUGGGUUCCUUCAUGACUCAGAUGGUGUCCAGAACCAGAGAAGUGGACGUGAAGACGUAUACUCAGGAUGGCGUCUGCCUAACCGAGUCCGGUCUGACUCACCUGCAGGCCCUAGUCCAGCCUCUUGCAUCACCGCGCAAGUGCCGCAGGUGUAAACCGAAGUUGAAGCUGAGGAUCAUCAACCAGAACAUUGUUUCCGUCCUGCAGACGCCACUGGACCCAGAGACCCUCACCGAGCCGGACCAGAACCGAGCUGUGUCUGCAGGUGACCUGGACUGUGACAUGAAAUCUGACUCCAGUCCCGAGCGGGACGCCGCUCACCUGGAUGACGUCACCAAGGAGACGGACGUCACAGACGACAGCAAGAAGAGGAAGAGGAAACCAUAUAGGCCAGGUAUCGGGGGCUUCAUGGUGCGUCAGCGUGGGGGAAAAGCCGGACUCUGCAGGAAGGACUCGUCAGAGAUGAACCCGAGUCGAGAUCCAGGUAUGUUGGAAACUGAUGCUUCCAUGGAAAUGAUGUCUGCUGCUGAGCAGGCAAUGGAGAAAGUUAAGAAGAGAUACAGGAAGAAGAAGACCAAGCUGGAGGAAGCGUUCCCAUCGUACCUGCAGGAGGCUUUCUUUGGCCGGGAUCUGCUUGACCGCGGCCGACAGAUUGACGGAAGGCCGAGGACGGUGACCUCAGGUGCCAGCCAAUCAGGGUCGGCACUGAAUGUCCCCAAGGCUUCCCCGCUCAGAGCACCUGGCCCCGUCUCCUCUGUCCAGGCUCCGGGGACAGUAGCAACCAGCAGGAAACAGGGAGUGCUGCCCGUGUCGGAGGAAGUGCUGCUGGACCUUUCUGAUGUCCUGAAAACAGAUCCUCACAUCCUGGGGACAGGACGCACAGGUCAGUUCCAGGUGGAGCGCUCUCCAUCUCCCUUUGCCGGCCUGGAUAUCACCACGGCGGCCGACGACCCCCCCCUGUCAUCAGACACCCCUGGAGGUUGUGGACGUUGCCAGAGGAUGGAGCGGGAGGAGCCUCUGGAUGCUAUCUUGAGCCCUGAACUGGACCAGAUGGUAACAGACGGAGGAAUCCUGAGCAGACUCUACAAGAUCCCAGAACUGGAGGGGAAGGAUGUGGAGGAGGUCUUCACCGCCGUUCUGAGUCCAAACAGCAGCAGUCAGCCAGAGCCCAGCAAGACCCACGGCUCAGCAGCGUGUUCUCAGCUGCCGGUGAUGAAUGGCCUGGUUGCCGCCGUUCCUCCCCUCCCCAACACUCCCAGUGGAGGCAGCCAUAUGCUUGGCUUCAGCUUGCCUUCUGAGGGCCCCGCCCCCUCCUCUGCAUCAGCCAAUCGGCCGUCAGCUGUAGAAGGGGAGCAGGAUGUGAUGUCGACAGCUCAGAGAGGGACGCUGAAGUGGGAGAAGGAGGAGAGUCUGGGAGAGCUGGCGACCGUGGCUCCGGUUCUUUACUGCAACACCAACUUCCCUCAGCUGAAGCAGCAGUACCCUGAUUGGUCCACUAGAGUGAAGCAGAUCACCAAGCUGUGGAGGAAGGCCAGCUCCCAGGACAGAGCACCCUUCGUGCAAAAAGCUCGGGACAACCGGGCGGCCCAGCGCAUCAACAAGGUGCAGCUGUCUAAUGAGUCACUGCAGCACCUGCAGCCGCCGCCACUGCCACCGCCGCCCCAGGGGGUCUAUGACCCCAUCGCCAUGGAGACGGAGGCCGGCUGCAGAGACCCGCUGAGGCCCAGGGAAUCAGAGCAGGAGCAGGAGUGGAAGUUGAGACAGAUGAUGCGACAGAAGAGCAAGCAGCUGGCCAAGAUGGAGGCAACCCAGAAGCUGGAGCAGGUGAAGAACGAGCAGCGGCAGCAGCAGCUCCGCCAGUCGGGACGCCUGUCCCCAGAAGGCUCCGCCCACCAGCAGGUCGCCGGGGGCAACGCCACACAGAGCAGGCAGAACCUCCCGCAGGAUGUGGGGACACUGGACGAUGUCUUCCUCAGACCUCAAGUCCCCGCUCCCUCUGGGUUCUCUUCACUCCCUCACUCCCCUUUGGCCUCCUCUCCCCUCCACCAGCCGCCGUCUUCCCCCCAGAUGUUUUCCCCCCCCUCCUCCCGCCCCUCCUCACCCUGGGACCCAUAUGGUAAAGUAGCAGGUCCCCGUCUUCCUCAGCGCCUCGGCUUCCUCAGCGUCUCCCCCGCUCAUGAUGGCUCCCCUGCACUGUCCCCCGACCUGUCUGCCUCCGGUUUUCCACCAAGUCGAGCCGGCAUGGUGACCCCCUCCUCCGGCUCCCCCCCCGACCAAUCUCUCAGACCCGUCCGGGUGGGGGACUCCAGCCAGAGGACGAGCCUGACAAUGCAGGGUGGAGUGUUUAAAGCCCCUAUGCCCCCCCACCAGGAGGCAACGGGAAGGAGAGACCUGGGGUUCCCCAACAGCCCGGUGUCAGGUCUGGGCUCCCCCCACCGCAGCCCUUAUGCCUCGGGGACACCCCAGCUGGGAGACGCCCCAAGUUCACGGCCCUCCCCUGACCCUUUCAGGGACCCUCAGACCCCCGGUACGCCACACCCUCACUCUGACUGCGGCUACCUUGCCAUGCCCACAGGACUGAGAGCGGACCCGGUCAGUCAGCCGUCGCCGUCCAGCCUGGACUCCUAUCCCUCCAAUCCGGGAACUCCCCGCUCCUCGGAACGGUUCCCACGGUCCCCGGGGUCUCAGCGAAGCGUCGAUUUGUUCCCCCAGUCUGUGGGGACGCCUCGCCCCCCUCCUGAGCUGCACCUGCAGCAGCCCUCUGCCCCUCGGGCUCAGAAGUCCCUGGCAGAGAGCCUCACUGCCCCGCCCGCAGCGUCAGCUUCCUCCCCUCUGGGUCCUGGACUGAUGGCGGAGAUGGGGGCCCCCAAGCCUCAACGGUCUCCAGGAAGCAGACAAGAGUCGUUGCCCAGAACCUGCAGCAGCCAGACCCCAAAGCACCCUGCGACACCUGAGAUGGGAGUUGUCCAUGCUACGGGUCAGGAUGCUCUAGAGAAGGGUCUCAUAACGACUGGCAUGUCACCGAUGGAGAAGUCAGGAACCGGUGACCUGUCCUCUCUGGAUGGAGGGAGGAGCAUGCUGCCUCAGCUUGGAGACUCUGAGGAGAAACUACAACAGCGCCUGUGGCUCCGGCAGCAUAUCCUCCGGCAGCAGCACCAAAAGAUUGCCUUACGCCAGGAGAAAGGUUUGCUGGAACCCACCUCAGGACCUGCUGCUUCUAGCGGUACUCUUCACAGCUGGUCUGCUGAGGACUCUUCCAGUGCCCCUCCUCCAGACCCAUUUGAACGGCCUCCACCGCCGUACCCUGGUACAGUGAGACCUCUGACUCCUAGGUUUACUGGAUGUCUUCCAGGCGAGGAGAUGAGUGGCUUUCCUCCCAGUGAGGCGUCCCUCCCCAGACAAAACCUCCUGAGAGGACCAGCUGUCAGGUUUGGUGUUCCUCAUGGAGCCCUACAGGACCCUUCAGCGCGUCCAUCCCUUGGUCCUGCUGUGGGGCUCUGCUCCAUGGAGGGGAACCUGGUCCAAAUGAGGAGGCCUGUGCCAGCAGAGUUCACCAGUAUUCGAUCGUUAAUGCCCCACAACUCAACAACACACAUAGUGCCAGGUGUUCCCCAACUCAUCGUCCAGCGGCCUCCUCCUCCUCAGCAGCAUGGCGUCAUGCCCUACAUUGAGCUCCGACACCGCCCCCCAGAGAACCGUCUGAAGCUGCCCUUUCCCCCACCGACGCCUUCAGAGCUACAGGAAGCCACGCCCACCAGAGAGUCCACUGCACCACGUCCGGGUCCAGUCAAGAUGGGGGAGGCAGGGCUGGGGCAGCAGCACCUGGGUUCUGCUCUCCCAGGAUCUGAGGGUAUUGAGGCGCACUUAGAGGGAGAGGACUCUGCUGUAAAGGAUCUGGAGGACGUAGAGGUCAAGGACCUGGUGGACCUCAAUUUGAAUCUGGACCCAGAAGAUGGUAAAGACCUGGACCUGGGUUCGAACGAUCUGCACCUGGAUGACUUCCUGCUGACAGGGAAGUUCGACCUUAUUGCCUAUGCUGACCCAGAGCUAAAUUUGGAGGACAAAAAAGACAUGUUCAACGAGGAGCUGGACCUUGGGGAGCCGGUAGAGGACCGGGAGGGGAGCCGACCCGCCAGGAAAAUGGAAAGCCCUGCCCACUUUCUGGGACAGCCAAAACAGGAAUUGAAGGAAUCUCAGAAGACUGAAGGUCACUCUUCAGACAGGCCUCAAGGAGCUCACUCUGCCCUUCUAAUCAAGGAGAAGCUGGAGGACUCUGCUUUGGUUUCCUGUCCAGUCCCAGCCCAGGCUUUGUCCUCUGUCCAUCCGCUAAUAACUCCAGGGGAAUCAUCCGUCUUCCACCAGAGACCAUUUGGAUCCGCACCAAUCCCCCAACCGAUUCCUUCCGGUCCUGCUCCUCAGGGUGCCCCCACCCUGCCUCAAUCUCCAUCAACUCAGCCUCGACUUCUUUUAAACCCCCAGAACCAUCCUCCUCAUCCAGGCACUGAAACUCAGAGCAUGAGCUCGGUCAGCUUUCCUGAGAACCAGGUCUCCCUUCAGAACCAGAACAAGUCCAGGCCUCUCCUGCUGGAGGAGCAGCCACUCCUCCUCCAGGAGCUUCUGGACCAGGAGCGGCAGGAGCAGCAGCAGCAGAAACAGAUGCAGGCUCUGAUCCAACAUAAGUCUGACUCAGAGUCUGGAAUCUCCGACAUGGAUUUUGAGUCCAUCUCUGAUCCAAUCAUGAAGGCUAAGAUGCAGGCUCUGAAAGGUAUUAACAGGGUGAUGAGUCAGGGACCCUUGGGCCUGAACCCAAUGGUCAUCAACAGGUUCCAACAGAGUCCAGGAGCCCCAGGUCCCGAGUUAACUCCUCCCACUCCUCACCUACCAGAACAGGACGGGAAGUUAACCCCUCAACUAGUGCACCGCAACCCUCCCAGCUUUGGACCCGGCUUCAUCAAUGAGUCUCAGAGGCAGCAAUACGAGGAGUGGCUAGGUGAGACGCAGCAGCUCCUGCAGAUGCAACAGCGCCUCCUAGAGGACCAGAUUGCAGCUCACCGCAAGGCCAAGAAGGCUCUGUCAGCGAAGCAGAGAACGGCCAAGAGGGCGGGCCGAGCCUUCGCUGAAGAGGAUGCAGCCCAGCUGCAGUACAUCAGUGAACAGCAGGGGGCAGUCCAGAAACAGCUGGAGCAGAUCCGGAAGCAGCAGAAGGACCACACUGAACUGAUUGAAGACUAUAGGACCAAACAACCUCAGAGGAUGCUACAGAUGCCCCCCCAGAUGCCCUUGGGGCAAGUCCUGGUCCCCCCUUCGCCCCGCCUGGGCGGUGCUGCUCCAGGUCACCGUCCAAACGUCCCCUCAGGCUGGACUCCAGGGUCUGGUCCACCCAUGGGUCAGAGGGUGCUUCCACAGCUUCCAGCCCACAUGCCUCCCAACCUGCCUAACUGUCCUCGGGCCCCCCCUCUCAUCCAGACGACUCUGCCCAUGAAGCCAGUCCUGACCGCCCCAACGCCAGGCUUAACUAACCCCCAGGGCUCCCUAGGGGGCGCCAAUGGAGCGCCAGGGGACGGAGCCACACCUCAGGUGAAAUUUGAUGACAACAACCCGUUCAGCGAAGGUUUCCUGGAGCGUGAAAGGAGGGAGCGCUUGAGAGAGCAGCAGGAGCGACAGAGGGUUCAACUGAUGCAGGAGGUGGAGCGUCAGCGCGCUCUGAAGUGGAGUCUGGACCAGCAGGACCUCUGCGGGUCCGGAGCAGCCGGUGCUCCUGGGAAACGCGGACCGGUUCCUGGUGGAGGAGCUGGACUGGUCAGCAGCGAGGACCAUCUGUCCCAGGGAGCGUUCUGCAGUGCUGAACCUGGACUGGGCUUCCUUCCUUCCUCCUUGGCCUCCAGGCAUCAGGUCCAGGGGCGUACCGGGGGCGCCGACCUGCACCAGGGCUUCCCAGGAGGUUCCCUGCCCCUCAGGGCCGCCCCCACCGCAGCUCUCCAUCCUGAUGUUGCCGCAGAGCGAGGCAGCCUCCAGUUCAGGCCCAGGAUGUCGGGACUGCUGCGUCCAGCGGGGAUCAGUCCUCACCUGUUGGGACACGACUCCUCCUCGUCUUCACCAUUGACCCCACACCCCCACUCCUCUUCUGGAGGCCUUGCCUCCCUCGCUGAUAUCAUCCCUGAUGACAAACCAAAGAACAGGAGAUUGAACAGAGCUGAGGAAGGAGCCAGAACUCCUCUGUCGCCACACUCUGACAUCACAGCUCCACCCACUCCGGCUGUCUCAGACAAGUCCUGCUCUACACCCACCCACCAACCGGACACUGUCUUCUCUGGCCUGGCUUCUUCACCUGACAUAGAAAGACAGCAGAGAGGCAGCGUGGUGGAGGGCCACAGAGGCCCUGUGUCUGGGGGCAGCCUGGAAGUCAAGGAAGAGCUGAUGGAGGCGCGGCCCUGCCGGGGGAUUCCUGUGAAGGUAGAGGAGGCUGUGGAAGAAUGCUUCUCCUCCCCCGCCUCUCACGGGGGAGAUGGAGGGAAGGAGCUGCUCCGACACCUUCUGAGGGACAAAACGUCGCCCAUAACGAUGACAACUCCCUCCAGGCCGGCUGCACACCGCCAGCUGUCCAAUGACGGCGUGCGAUCUGAGGAAGAAGAUGAGCCAGGUUUCCAUGGUAACAUGGUGCCACUGGGGGACGGUCCAAAGAAAAUUAAGCGCACCAAGAGACUGAGUCUACCUGACAAAGACAGAGCUCCAUCCAAGUCCAAAAGGAGGAGAAAGGAGGAUGAUGAAGAGAAGAGCUCCUCCUCUAACUCACUGAUGACCCAGCUGAGUCAGCUGUCAGUGCUGCCACUCAUGGAGCCCAUCCUGGGUGUAGACCUGAGCCUCUUCCCCCCAUACGGCAGCUCUUCUAUAGGCAGAGACUCCCUGCUGAGAGGCUCCUUUGGGAAUGCCUCUUUGGAUGGCGUCUCAGACUUCUACUCCCAACUCGUCUACAAGAACAACCUCAGUAACCCCCCCACACCUCCGGCAUCUCUGCCCCCAACACCUCCACCUGUAAGCAGACAGAAGAUGGUGAACGGCUUUGCCACAAUGGAGGAGCUGACCAGGAAGGAACUGAGCGAGCAGGAAGACUUGCCAACUCUGAAGCACAAAGAGGAUGAGCUUCUCAAUCUAAACCACUCCUCCAAGACCGUAGAUGUCCCUGCAUCCCUGCCAACGCCGCCCCACAACAACCAGGAGGAGCUCAGGGUCCAGGAGUCGUUGGAGUGCCACAGUCCGGAGGGGUUUGUCCCGUCCUCGUCUCCAGAGAGUAUGGUGGACAUGGAGGUCAGCAGGUACCCUGACCUGUCUUUCAUCAAGCUGGAGCAGCCCUCGCCCUGCCCGUCACCUACAUUACCCAUCAUUCCCUGCACCUGGGGCAAAGGCUUUUCAGUGAAACAGGAAGUGAAGACAGAACCACAGCUCCAAGUGCAAUCCACCUGUUCCAGCACAGACCUUGUUACCAUAGCGAUCACUCUGAACCCGGCCGCCUCUCAGAACGUCCCGGAUGUGAUGGCGGCGGUGGCGGCGCUCCUCAGGGUACCCGGCCCCAUCAACUACCAGCUGAGCCGAGCGCCGACACUAGAGCGGAGCAACCUGGCCCUGCUGGCAGGAGUGCGUGUGCCGAUGUCGCAGGGUUCAGCAGCAUCCAGAUUGCAGAGAGCGCCACCUGCAGCCAGAAACUCGCCACGCUGCUGCAGCCGCUGCAAAAGGCUUCUGGUAAACGGAGUUCACUACAGACAGGACGGUGAGUCCAGAGACGGACCCAGUUUGGUGUUUUGCAGUCCAACCUGCUCUGCUCUAUUCGAGUCAGAGCAGCAGAACCGCUCUGCAAGACCCAAGCCUGCGGUGCCAGUGCUUCUGGAUGGUUCUGGUUCAACUCCUCCUCUCAGCAGAACACAGCACCAGUACGCCAACAACAUGUCCUCCAUUGCUGUCCAUUCUCUCCCACGCACCGACUCUUCCUCCUGCUCUCCUUCCUCCUCCUCACCACCACUUGCCUUUCCACCUGCCUCUGCUAUUACCAUGGAGACUAGGCCCCACCCCGACAGCCUCAAGGUGACGGUCAAGCUAAAGCCCCGUCCACGGACCGUGUCAGGUGAUGACUCUCUGUGUCCUCAAGACUUGAAGAAGAUGAAGAUUUCUCGGUGGAGACGCUGGAGCUUCAGCAUUACUCUCAACAGGGGUUCCCGUGUUGCUAACAAGGCGGGUGCCAUUCCAACAGAGGAAGAAGUGGAUGAGCUUCUGAAGGAGUUUGGAGCAUGCCUGCGUCCCGACCUGCUGCCUAGAGACCAGCGUAGGUGCUGCUUCUGCCAUCAGCAGGGGGACGGUCUGACGGACGGCCCUGCCCGACUCCUCAACCUGGACCUGGACCUCUGGGUGCACCUGAACUGCGCUCUGUGGUCCAGCGAGGUGUACGAGACGCAGGCGGGCGCGCUCAUCAAUGUAGAGCUGGCGCUGCGGCGGGGCCUGGCGCUCCGCUGCGCCCACUGCAGCCGCUGCGGCGCCACAACCGGCUGCAACCGGCUCCGGUGCACCAACACCUAUCACUUCACCUGCGCCCUGCAGGCCCACUGCACCUUCUUCAAGGAUAAGACCAUGCUGUGCUACCUCCAUAAGCCCAGGACCCUUCCUGUGAGCGGGGAUAGGUCAUCCAGCUCCUCCCCGUUCUCCACGCCCGGCCUGCCCUCCGACCCCACUCCCGGCUCCGACCCGUAUGACUCGGAGCUGCGUUGCUUUGCCGUAUUUCGGCGAGUCUUCGUGCAACGGGACGAGGCGCGGCAGAUCGCCGCUGUCGUGCAGCGGGGCGAGCGGCAGCACACCUUCCGUGUCGGCAGCCUGCUGUUCCGCGCCGUUGGCAGGCUCCUCCCACAGCAGAUGGAUGCCUUCCACAACGAGGCCGCCAUCUUCCCGGUCGGUUACCAUGCCAACCGCUUCUACUGGAGCAUGCGCUACAGCAACAGACGCUGCAAGUACCUGUGCUACAUCGAGGAGCACGAAGCCCGGCCGCUGUUCAAGGUCAAGGUGGUGGAGAAAGGUCACGACGAUGUCGUCCUGACGGGGGCCACGCCUACAGCGGCGUGGGCCCAGGUUCUGGAGGCGGUGGCCCGGAUGAGGAGCUGCAGUGGGACUCUGAAGCUGUUUCCUGUUUACCUGAAAGGAGAGGAACUGUUCGGCCUGAAGACAUCUGCCGUGACCCGGAUCAUCGAGUCUUUGCCGGGGGUCGAGGCGUGUGAGCGCUACACUUUUCGCUACGGCAGGAACCCCCUCAUGGAAUGGCCUCUGGCCUUCAACCCGUCCGGCUCGGCUCGCUCUGAACCCAAGGCCUGCCAGGCCAAGAGACCUUACCUGCUGACCAGUGUGGCCCCCAGGUGCCAGGGCUCAGUGGGCUCCAUCGUCGGCCUCGUUCCCGGCGUUCUGUCUUUGUCUCCUGGCGAGUCGGUGGCUGCUGCCCAUCAGGGCCGCCACUCCAAGUCGGCCCAGUACCGCCGCAUGAAGGCGGAGUGGAAGAGCAACGUGUACCUGGCUCGCUCUGGUAUCCAGGGACUGGGGCUGUACGCCGCCAGAGACAUUGAGAAGUGCACGAUGGUCAUCGAGUACAUUGGGACAAUAAUCAGGAGCGAGGUCGCCAACCGCAAGGAGAGGCUGUACGAGGCCCAGAACCGAGGCGUGUACAUGUUUCGGAUCGACAACGACUAUGUGAUCGACGCAACCAUCACCGGAGGACCGGCGAGGUACAUCAACCACUCCUGUGCUCCCAACUGCAUCACUGAGGUGGUCAUGGUGGAGAAAGAGAACAAGAUCAUCAUCAGCUCCUGCAGACGCAUUCAGAGAGGAGAGGAGCUAUGCUACGACUACAAGUUUGACCUGGAGGAUGACCAGCACAAGAUCCCGUGUCACUGUGGAGCCGUGAACUGCCGCAAAUGGAUGAACUGAGAGCAUGGAGGCCUCUGGCGCCCUGUGGGCGGAGUUAACAUGACAUCAUCACUGGUCUGUGGGCAGAGCUAGCAUGACACCAUAAUAAAACUGAUUGAUUAGAUCAGAGGAAAUAAAGUUUAUACUUAAUUUACAAAUGGGACACAUUUAUAAUCUGUUGUGGGUGGAGUCUGUGCUGACGGGGCGGAGCUUACUAAGAGGCUGGUCCUCGCUGUAAAUUGGUUGUAAAUGUGAGUGUAAACGCCACUGAAAUAAGCGAAUGUGUCGUCCUUUAACUUGCACUAAAACAUAAAAUGACAAACACACAAACCUACCUGAUUCCACCGCUUGGUCCUCCCCUCUUCCUCCUUCUCAUCAGUUUCCUGUAAAAUAAGAUAUUUUUUUUCUUUUUGUAUUUAUUAAUGAAUUAAGCUAUUUUCUAAAACUAUGGUGCAUUUGAGGUCCAGUGUGUAAAUAUCUGUACCAUAAGUAAAAAGUCAGACACAAAGAUUAGAGCACCCCCCCACUCCUGUGUGUAGACAGGCUUCUGUUACUUCACCCAGAGUUUAGGCUGCAGGCGUCUGCUGCCGUGUAAAUACGAGGUUUAUUCAGGCCCUGCUGUGUACAGAUAGACGACAUGAAGCCUUGUCUCUGUUUUUUUAUUAAUGGAUGUAAACAAAGUGAUGUUUCUGGAAAAUAUGGUGAAUCUGAUUUAGAAUCACUUACAGAAAAUAAAUAUUUUACAUCUUAGAGAAA